CCGUAUUCUCGGACAGUAGUGUAACUAGGUGUUGGACAGAUUCGUAUUUUGCGGCGCAGUUGUUGACCAGCUUGGCAGAGCUUCCCUAGUAGAGCAACGUGCUUCUUGUCCCUUUUUGCUGCCGCUGUGCCCACGCCGCCCAGUGCCUAACCUCGAGUUCGAACUGUUGCCAAUUGCCAUUGGGUAUCCUCCGCAAACUAUCGCGACUAGAACCGAAUUCCGAGAAGACUCGCACAAGCUUCACCAACGACUUCCACCCUCACGCCGUCGACCCCGGCGCUCCAAUUCAAGGCUCGUCAUUGCACAAUUAGGCUUUUGCCUGGGCCCGCAGAAUGCCUGGUUCGGGACUGGGCUAGAACACGCUGCGACCGUGUUGGCGCACUGCGCGCCGGGAACCAACCUACAAUAUCGAGCAGUCCGGCUUUCGUCUGAUCCCCGGCAAACAUGGGCGAGAACCCGGAGCAGUCUCCCCGUCGAACCUCCGGUCCCUUGGCGCCUCCCCCACAGUCGAUACCACUACAAGAGCUCCAGCGGCCCGGGGAGGCGGAGGCGGGGCGGGCGGGCGGCGGGACGGCCCAGACGGGAUUGCACCACCUCUCAGGGGCGCACAAUGGAGGGGGAGAGGCGGCGUCGCCCGUCACCAUGUCGGCGAACCUGCCGGGCUUUUCGUCAUAUUGGGAGCAUCCCUAUCCGCCUGGCGACGACCCAGGCGGCGUCAGUGGCGGCACUUCGCCCAUCGACCGCAUGGCCUUGCAGUUCGCCCUUCCCCCGGACAUACACCCGCAACGACCCGCCUCUGGGAGUGGGCAAUAUAUGCCCUCAGCCAGCGACCCGUAUCAAACACCCCACGCCUACUAUGAGGACCGCGCCGACACCGAUUCUCUAGAGUCGGACCGAGUGCCCCUCAAGCCCGCAGCACAGGCCAUCGGCCGCCUGGAGCCCCCAGAUGGCGAUCCGUCCCCGCGGAAUAGUUUCCAGACUGUGUCCGACCUCGGCAAUACGCCUUCACGCGCGCGCAGCGCCCAGAUGCUUGGUUUUGACCUGGAACCGGGCCUGGCCUCGGAUCGGCAUCGCAGCUACGGGGACCAUCUGUCACCUGUAGACCGGCGCCGGUCCCGGUCGCCCUCGACGAGCUCGGCCUUGUAUAGGGCGAGCUCGAUCAUGAGGGCCAUGUCCCAACGUGUCGUUGCCAUCAGCGGAGAAGGAGACCUCGUUGAUCAGGCCAACCGGCAAAAUCGGUCACGCUCGCCGAGUCCUCACAGACGUCUGCCGACUGACGGGGCUGGGCCCAUGCUCGUUGACACGUCGUACCCUUCGCAGUUGUUCGAAACACCGGCCGAGAAAAAGCCCGCUUCUGACUACUUCCCGUCCCAGUCGCCGGCUCCCAAGCUCCGGCGGCGUGGCCCGCUUCCGAACCCCCUGAGGGGAAAUUCCUUAGGCGUAUUUUCCCCCGACAACCCAAUACGAAAGCGGCUCUGCGAUAUCUUGGUCAACCCAUGCACCGAGCCGAUAAUCUUGAUUCUCAUUAUUGCCCAGACGGUUCUCCUGGCUGUGGAGGCCGCGCCGGACGUCUUCGUCGAGGGAAACGGAAGACCCGAACGCUGGGGUAGUACCCGGAUAGACUGGGCUAUAUUCGGCCUCUUCGUUGUAUUCACUCUCGAAAUCAUAGCCAGGAUCAUCGUGUCGGGCUUCAUUGUCAAUGCUGAUGACUAUAUACCGGUCGGGAGCAAGCGGAGACUCAGGGAAAGGGUAGCCGAGCAAUAUCGGAACAUCUUCAAACCCCAGCGGCAGAAGUCAGUCCGGCACCCGCCUCAGGAAGAGCAGUUCGUGCCUACGUUUGCAAGAUCGUUUACCAUGCAUGGCCAUGGGCUCGUUGGCCAAGCCACGCUGGAGGAGCAGCAGCGGCUCCAUCUUGCGCGCAGGGCAUUCCUGCGCCACAGCUUCAAUAGGCUCGACUUCAUCGCCGUCGUUUCGUUUUGGAUAUCGUUCUUCCUCGGCAUAGCCGGCAUGGAGCACAGGCAUUCGAUGUACGUAUUCCGGAUGCUCAGCUGCCUGAGGAUCAUCAGGCUGCUAGCUCUCACAAAGGGCAACGCUAUCAUUCUCAGGAGUUUGAAGAAGUCUGCUCCGCUCCUCGUUCGAGUCUCCUUUCUGAUGGGCUUCUUCUGGCUGCUCUUUGCCAUCAUUGGAGUUCAGAGCUUUAAGUCGAGCCUGAGUCGCCAAUGCACCUGGAUCGAUCCGGAGGAUCCCACAAACUUCAGUGCCGCUUACACCCCGAGCGAGUCGUUCUGCGGGGGGCAUUUAAAUGCGACGACAGGCGAGGCCGAACCCUGGGUGGCCGCACCGACGGGGAACCUCUCCAGGGAGUUUCUCGUACCGGGCGCGCAGAGUGCCAAGGGCUUCGUAUGUCCUAGGGGAUCGAUCUGCCUCAUGCAGGACAACCCGUACAACGGAACGGUCAAUUUUGAUGACAUUGGCCACUCACUUGAGCUGGUCUUCGUCAUCAUGAGCGCCAACACGUUCUCGGAUCUGAUGUACUACACCAUUCGCUCCGACUUCCUACCGGCUGCCUUGUUCUUCGGGGCCGGGAUCAUGAUCAUGAUGCUCUGGAUGACCAACUUGCUGAUUGCUGUCAUCACAUCGUCCUUCCAAGUCAUCAGAGAAGAGUCCAAGGCCAGUGCUUUCACGGCUGAAGAGGAGCCGCCUCUCUUCCACGCCAAUAUGGAGCGUGCUCCUCGGAAACAGUCGACGUUGCAGCGGGUUUCCAGCAAGGUGUCUUGGGUCUGGGUUCUGAUCAUCAUUUACGGGCUCUUCUGCCAGAGUCUACGAAGCGCCACCAUGUCAGACAGCCGGGAGCGGUUUAUCAACGCCUCCGAGGUCCUGGUUACCAGCUUCCUCGACAUCGAGAUUGCGCUGCGGCUUGUGGCAAACUUCCGGCGGUUCCACCGCAGUCCCCGGAACCUGGUUGACCUUGGACUCGCCGUGACUACAACCGUCAUCCUUUUCCCGCCGAUCCGCAACUCGGGCGAGGUCUAUAACUGGCUCACCAUCUUCCAGAUUCUCCGUGUCUACCGCGUGGUUCUUGCCAUUCCCAUGACGAGGAAGCUCAUCCAGCUUGUGCUGGGAAACGUUACCGGCAUUGGCAAUCUGAUGCUGUUCGUCUUCCUCAUGACGUUUUUGAUGGCUAUCUUUGCUGCGCAGCUGUUCCGAGGCCAGCUGCCUGCGGCCGAUUCAGACGACGAGUCGAUCAGGAUCCCCUUCAAUACCAUCUAUAACUCCUUCCUCGGCAUGUACCAGGUUCUGUCCAGCGAGAACUGGACCGAUAUUCUCUACAACGUCACCGCUUACACCACCCAUCUCAACACGGCAUGGGUAGGCGCGAUAUUCAUCAUCGGCUGGUUCAUUCUCUCCUACUUUAUUCUCAUCAAUAUGUUCAUUGCCGUCAUCCAGGAGAACUUCGACGUGGGCGAGGACAUGAAGCGCCUGGAGCAGGUCAAGGCAUUCCUGCAGCGCAGAGAGCUGGGUACGUCGUCCAACCUUGCCCUCUCCAAGGUCUUUGGCUUCGGCAGGUCGCGAGAUCGCGCGGAUCCGCUCGACCAGACAACGGGCGCGGUGGACAUGCUCUUCAAAGAGGGAUUCGUGCGCGAAUUCAUUGACGAGGCUUUGGGUCCUCUCCAGGAGCAGUCCACGGACGGCACAUCUCCGCAGCAGCCGGGGGCAAAAGGCAGAAGCGGCUUCUUGGCCACAGCGUGGGAGAAGCUGAUUUUUCCCUUUCGCAAUCGGGAACCCAACCCGUUCUACUCCAACGUUCGCUUCGGAGGGCCUAUCGUUACGCUAGAUCCUGGCGAGCUGGCUCGCCAAGCAGUGAGCACUACCGCUGCUCGCCGCAAGGCGCAGAGAGAGUACCUGAUGCGCCAUCCAAACUACAACACGUCGCUUUUCAUCUUUAAGCCGCGGAACCCCCUGAGGCGUCUGUGCCAGAAGCUCGUGGGUCCUGGUCGAGGCACCGAACGCUUCGACGGCGUCCAGCCCAACAAGUAUGCGUGGUACACAUUCUCGGCCGUCAUCUAUGCCGCCAUCGUCGCCAUGGUCAUCCUGGCUUGCAUCACAACGCCCUUGUACCAGAAGGAGCAUUUCAACGGUCGAGACCCCGGCAUGCGGGACUGGGUGGUCUGGACCGACAUGGCCUUCGCGUUUGUGUUCACGCUCGAGGCGCUCAUCAAGAUCAUUGCCGACGGCUUCUUCUGGACGCCCAACGCUUACUUCCGCAGCACCUGGGGGAUAAUCGACGCCAUCGUGCUGGUGAGCCUGUGGAUCAACGUCAUCACGCUCUUGUCCAAUGCGCGGGAGGUUUCUCGGGCCGUUGGCGCUUUCAAAGCGUUGAGGGCGCUGCGCUUGCUUAACGUCAGCGACAGUGCGAGAGAGACGUUCCACUCCCUUAUGAUUGUCGGCGGCCCAAAGAUCCUAAGCGCGGCCUUCGUCUCGAUUUCCCUGCUGAUUCCCUUUGCCAUCUACGGCCUGAAUCUCUUCAAUGGGAAGCUAGUAUCAUGCAACGACGGAUCGAGCAUUGUGAACCUGACAGACUGUAUCGGCGAGUACAACAGCACGCCUUUCAACAACGACUGGCCCGUGCUGGCUCCGCGGGUUGCCGCAAACCCGUUCUUCAACUUUGACGAUUUCGGAUCGAGCCUGUUCAUCCUCUUCCAGAUCGUGAGCCAGGAAGGCUGGGUCGACGUGUCCUUCGCAGCCCAGGCCAUCACGGGUAAAGGCCUCCAGCCGGAGGAUAGCCCGCCUUACCGUGCCCAAGGGAACGCCUUGUUCUUCGUCGUGUUCAACCUCCUGGCUACCGUCUUCGUCCUCACUCUCUUUAUCUCGGUCUUCAUGAGGAACUACACGGAGCAGACGGGGGUGGCGUUCCUGACCGCCGAGCAGCGGUCUUGGCUCGAGCUACGCAAGCUCCUCCGGCAGAUCUCGCCGUCCAAGAGCGCAUACGACGACAAGAAAAACAAGUGGAAGCUGUGGUGCCACAAGCGAGCCAUCGAGAAGCGUGGCAAGUGGUACACGGCCAUCACGACCGUGCUUGUUCUCCACCUGAUCCUCCUCCUGACCGAAUACAGCAAUGAGCCUGCCUGGUGGACGCACGCCAAGGACAUCCUCUUCCUCCUCUUCACGCUGAUCUAUAUCACGAACAUUGUCGUGCGCAUCGUCGGCCUUGGCUGGACGCGGUUCCGCAAGAGCUCCUGGGAUAUGUUCUCGCUCGUGGCCGUCACCGGCGCGUUUGCGACGUCGAUCCUCUUCCUCUCGGACCAGAAUUCGGCUACAUACAUUCAACUGCACAAGUUCUUCUUGGUGGCGCUCGUCCUCUUGCUCAUUCCGCGGAACGAUGCGCUCGACACGCUCUUCAAGACGGCCGCUGCCAGUCUCACGACGAUCGGCAGCCUGCUGGCCACCUGGCUCGUGUUCUUCCUGGUCUUCGCCAUCGCGCUCACGCAGACGUUCAGCCUGACGCGGUUCGGCAGCGGCGAGGACGCCAACAUCAAUCUCCGCACCGUGCCGCACGCCCUCAUCCUCCUGUUCCGCUUCAGCUGCGGAGAGGGCUGGAACGAGGUGAUGGAGGACUUCGCCCAGAUCAAGCCGCCGCUCUGCGUGGAGGGCCCCACCUUCUACGACAGCGACUGCGGCAGCACCGCCUGGGCGCGGGUGCUGUUCAUCGCGUGGAACAUCAUCAGCAUGUACAUCUUUGUCAGUCUGUUUGUGUCGCUCAUCUACGAGAGUUUCUCGUACGUGUACCAGCGGACCAACGGGCUGGCCGUCGUGGACCGGGACGAGAUCCGGCGAUUCAAGGAGGCCUGGCGCAGCGUUGAUCCGUCGGGGACCGGCUUCAUCAGCAAGGAGGCCUUCCCGCGGCUCCUCGGAGAGCUUUCCGGCGUGUUCGAGAUGCGCAUCUACGACAAUGACGAUUCGGUGCGCGCGAUCCUCGAGGACGUGCGCAAUGAAAACGAUGCGGCCAGCAUCAGGCAUGCGUCGAUCGUCAGCAAGAGCCAGUACCAGACGGGCAUCGACCUCAAGAAGCUGAAUGAGCGUUUGUCGAGGAUCGACGUUGCCAAAGUCCGCGAGCGUCGGCGCCGCUUCAACAUCUUCUUUGAAGAGGUCAUGGUCUCGGCGGAUCCCGAGAGGGGCAUCUCGUUCACGACGGUGCUGAUGCUCCUGGCGCACUACAACAUCAUCAACGACAGCAAGAGUUUACGGCUCGAGGAGUUCUUGCGUCGCAAACUGCGCCUUCAGCGUGUCGAGGAAGAGGUCCGCAGACGGAUCGUACUGGGCUUUUUCGACACGGUCUACUAUUCACGGCAAUUCAAGCGGCACAUGGAGACCAAGCGCGCCGGACGCAUGACGGCGAUUCCCCAACUCGACGUUCCGGAGAUUCUGGUGGACAACGACGGCCACGAGGAAGAAGAACGGCGGCAGCGGGAGCAGACGACGGCAGGUCGCAGCAGAGCCCAGUCGACCGCAGCCGCUCCCGUGCUCGGCUCCGCGUCCAGCAGUUUGCUCUCGCCGUCGACCAGCCGGGCUCGCUCGCCGCAACACCGCAGCUGGGCGGGGCUUGGUGCGGAUCUGUCGUCGUACGACACUUCGUACGGGCAUCCGCUUGCGGGACCACGGGCAUCCAAGCCCGCUGCCUCUGCUGCCGGUCACCUGUCGCAGUCCAGUGCCUUCAGCUUCGAGCUAUCGGGCCCGGGGGAGGUGGCCGGUGACGAUGCUGACGAGGCUACGAACCUCGGGAGACGGGGCAGUUCGGUGGAUCCUGCCGUCGUCAGGGAUGUGUUGGAUAACUCGGUGUGGGUCGAAAGUAUCAGGAGGAGCGCAACCACCAUGAAGAAGGGCGGUGGGUGGGGCAGGUGAACCUGAGAGGAGGGUCGAUCUUGGAGGUAAUCUUGAGAGUGGGCUGGGAAUUGGAAUGGCGUUUGGUGUCAGGCACUCACUGGGGUUUUCAGGCGCAUGAGCGAUGAUAAUGGAGAAUGCAUCACUUACUGCUUCAUGGUGUGGGCUUCUGGUUGGUGGUGGGCCAGGUUCUUUGCAAAAAGAUUGGCGCUCUUUGGGGGCAGCGGCUUCACUCUGGACAAUCUUUGCUUCUGCUCUUCCUGUCCUGUUCUUCUUGUUUUUCCUUCUAUGUUGUGUUGGAAGAGGAGUUGGGGCCAGUUACUACCUUAGUAUGUACAGCACCACGUACGUCCCAAAGAUGGUAGACAAGAUGUGGGCUUUGUUGGAAGGGGAUUUGGAAGCGCUAGAUACUUAGACUAUUAUUACUAAGGUAGUACUCUCU